AUGAUCGCUAUUGUAGGAGUAUACCACAAGUACGAUUUCAUCAUGGUGCCGCCUGCGCCGUCUACUUCGAUCUCGGAUUCCAUAGCUAGAGUGUGAACCAAACAGGUAAGAACUAUACUAUUUAGGGCAUUGACAGGAGACAUAUUCUUUGAUUUUUAAAUAGAAUUGCCCGGCAAAUGGAUGGCUCAGAUUACUGACAAGUGGCAGGACGUCGACGAGCAGUCGGACACGGCCCAUGUUCUGUUUCCGUUGACUUCGAUCGCCAAUGAAGUUGUCUGCAAGGAUUGCACUAUCGAAGAUUAG